CCACAGCACGCCACGUGGAGGUGAACCUCCUGCACAGGGUCGCUGCAACGUACAACCCAGCACGACAUAGAAAGAACCUUCCCACGAUGAGUCCUUGCAUUAUACAACUCCGAGUGGCUAAACUGUCAACACACAAACCCUCUGAUCUCUGUCGAGGCUCGAUCGAGAAUGAGCGCGCUCCCCAUUGCACCGAGUCUCAGGCUUCCCCUCACCAAGGUGGGGACACUCAUGGCUGUAUGACGAUAUCUCCAGACAGUCCACGCAAGUCAACGACAGAAUCCGGGGGCUAAUAUCAUCGGGCCAAAUAGCACCAGAUCCACCAUGAAGGAAUGGCCGCCCCAGCCUCGUGCUCACAAGACGGACUUGCGGGCAGGAGUUGCCGGCUGAUUGCAGAGAGGCGGGACGGAGGUGACCGGGUCGCCGGUAGAAUUGCACCGUAGCGUCUCCAGGAUGCGGGGGAGAUGCUGUCACUGAGCGAGGCACCACGGCGCGCCGCACCGGAGGGAGAUACAGUAGUAUCUUACCCCCACCCGGGAGCUCC